AUGGCGACGCCUCGAAGCUUUGUUCGAAGCCUGCAAAAGCUUCAGUUAUCUUCCCCGCAUUCUUUCUCACAGCUCAGCCGAUCUACGCUCUCCAUAAGUACCAGGAUAAAGUCGAGUUCGCCGUCGAUAUACCAGCCUCGAGCUGCCGUUCCUUUUUCACGACAUUUUAGCACAACUCCUUUGCGCCAACAUGGCCACAUACAUACACCGAAACCUGGCGAAGAGCUGUACGUUACGUUUAUCGACAAGGAUGGAAAGGAACACAAAAUAGCUGUCUCUAAAGGAGAUAACCUGCUCGACAUAGCGCAAGCGCACGAUUUAGAAAUGGAGGGAGCCUGUGGAGGAUCCUGUGCGUGUUCGACAUGCCACGUUAUCGUUCUCGACGAAGAUUACUACGAUAAGAUGCCCGAUCCUGAAGACGACGAAAACGAUAUGCUUGACUUGGCAUUUGGGUUAACAGAGACGAGUAGAUUAGGCUGCCAAGUGGUAAUGACGAAGGAACUAGAUGGGUUAAAAGUCAAGCUACCCUCCAUGACGAGGAAUUUACAAGCGAGUGAUUUUAGCUCAAAGCAAUAA